GGUUGAUGUUGAUCCAAGCUCGUGGCGUUGGCAGUGGCCGUGGCGUUGCGGCGCGGUGCGGUGCAUUGCGUCGCAUGGCGUGGUGAGGCGCGUCAUGUUGGUGUGGCGUGGGAGCAGGCGUGGGUGUAUGCGAGGACCCUUGACCGUUAGAGCAGCCGUGCAUGCACCCAGGCACGCAUCGAACUCCGAAAGAGGGAGAUGUGCGCUGAACAAACAUUGCCGAGGCGAGAUGCGAUGGGCCACGCACGAGCUCCUUAGCGUCGGUCCAACCGGCAGCGCAGCUUCGGGCGGAGUUGCCUGGCCUGUCGCGCCUGCCAGUAUCGGUCGAGGUGCAGAGCCGCUGCGCACGGCCACGCAUGGAGCGACAAGAAAGUGAGAGAGGGCAGGACGUCGUUGACAUCUCGAGCCGGGCUCCCCGCCAAAGUGGUUAAUCAAGAGUGUAUG